AGAGUAAUUAAAGAUACACCACAAUUAAAACACACCGGGAACGUACGCAGCAAAACGAUCCACUUUGGGAUUGUGCAACUGUUUGAACCGGAGAGAGUGGCCAAGAGGUCAAGUCAAGGCCUUUGUCAGACCCUGCAGGAAGGCAGUAAAGAUGGGGCUUCUCCUGUUCCAGCACAGCAAGGGCAUCUUGCCACCCUAGCCUGCUUCUGCUGCGCAAGCUUGUCAUCCUCAGGCCAGGACGCAAGUCACAGGGAUCUGGGUCCGUUGGUGCCCUUACUGGGCAUUGCAUUGAAAGUCAGCCUUUCAGAAGUUGUUGGAUUCAUCAUUAGAAACAAAAAGUAAGCAAUGGAUGGCCAUAUCAGGAUCCGAAGCAGUCAUAGGAUGUCAAGGGUACCAGUGAGAAAGAGCUUUGGUGAAUGUUCAAUGCCUCCCAUGAAGGCAUUGUUGCAAAGUGAAAAAGAAUUAUGCACAGUAUCAGCAGAAGAGUUGAAGGCGGAGAAAGACAAUUUCAAUGAGGUCACAUUUCUGUGCUUUGCUGAUGAGACAGCUGUUGCUCCUAAGGAAUUGGCAGCCAUGUCUGUUGAGCUCCCAGAUCUUCUGAAAUCCCUCCAUUUGUGCACUUUACAUGAAAAUGAUGUCAUUUUUCUAAAGGAUAUUCAUAAACCAUUGGAGACCAGUGUUCUUAAGCAGAAGAAUUACCCCUCACGGAUUCUGUGUGUGAUGAAAUUGUCUCCAUCAUUUGCAAGACACGAAGUGGAUUCUUUGUUUACUUUACUGAGUAAAUAUGCUGCUGGUAUAAGAUGUACUGUGGAAAUACGCUCAUUGCAGAAGCACCUGUCCAUCAUACCCCAUGCUGAGGAUGAUGAUACUAAUCAGUCAGUGUCAUCAAUUGAGGAUGAUUUCGUUACUGCGUUAGAACAUUUAGAUGAAGAUGAGCCCACAAAAAUGAUAAACUCUGGCCAAGUUACACCUGAGAAACUUCAAGAUGCUGGUUUGCAGACCAUCUCUGUUCAACGUUUGGAAUCUCUCGAUCCAAAGUUUCAUUUUCUACAUCGGAAGCCAUCUGUCAAGUCAUCAACAUCUCUAGUUAACAUCUUGGAAUUAAAAGAAUUGUCAUCUUCUGUAAGAAAUUCUGUCACAACUUCUGUUUCGGAUCCUUGGCUGCAGAGGAGUUUCUUCAGGCCACAGAAUUCUUCUGAUCAGAAUGUUAACACUUUAUGCAAAACACUGUUUUCUUCCUCUCCUGCUGAAUCAUCAGAGUCAGAUUGUUCUAGCCCAAGCCCUAUUAUUUUCUUAGAUGAAGAAGGGUAUCAGAGAAGCCUAAAGGCAAAACUUCAGCUACCAAAAAUCCCAUUAAUGAAAGAUGGCAUAGAGGAUUCAGACUCUGAAGUAAGUGAAUUUUUCGAUAGCUUCGACCAAUUUGAUGAACAAGAACAAACACUGGAGAGUGGUUGUAAACAUGCUAGGGGUCCUGUCCUUCAACAUCCAUCUCAUAUGAAAACGAUUUCACAUAAAAGGCCACGCUCUGCAACCACUGCAAUGAAUCCUCAAAGGUUCAAGGUUGAUCAUCCCACUCUUCCAGCCAAUGUGAGGAAGCCAACUCCUCGCAAACCAGAAUCUCCAUAUAGCAACCUCUUGGAUGUUCCUGAUUCCCCCCGGCCAUUGAAAACAUCAGGGGAUGACAGUGGAGGCUUGUUCAGCCCUAUCAGAUCUUCAGCUUUCAGUCCAUUAGGCAGUUGUCUUUCAACAGAGUGUCCUUGUCAGUUGGGUGUCAGUAGAGGUGCCAUUAACCAAAAGCACAAUCUGGUUUGUCACCCAUACUCAGAUUUUGCAAAUAAUAUUUCCUUUGAAAUCUUAGGUUCGGUCUUUAAUUCCAGAUCUCCAUCAUCAUGUAGAUGCACACAGGAAUUUUCUAACAGUAAUAGGAUUGUCUCAAAAGAAGAAACAGCCCAGUCAGCAAAAACCCAAGGGGAAACUUCUGGAAAAGAAUUAGAUAACAGACAAAAAUCUAAAUGCAAAUCACUAAUGAUUAAAGACCACAUCCAGAAAUUUGCAUCAGAGCUCGUUGAGAAGAGUUUUGGCAGUGCUUUUAAAGAUCUUCAGAAAGGUGUUUCUUCAUGUACUAAUGCACUCUGUCACUUGGCUGCAAAACUGACUUCUUCAAUCUUUCAAAUGGCUUUUUAUGAGAUUGGGAGGCAGCAAGCUUUUUCACUGAAGAAGAAAGCUAUUAAUGGACUAGCAGGCUUUUUGGUGAGUGAAGCGUUAACAGGUGCUUUAAAAGAGCUACAUUCUGUAAAGCAACAAAUAUUUACCAACACAGUUGCAAAAUUUGCAGCAAACCUGGCUGAGGAACUAAUUUUUGAGGGGAUCAUGGAAGUGUGCCAGUUUUCACACCCAUCAACUCCUACAACUUUUCAGAACUGGUCCUUCCAUUAUGAUGAUAAAGUUAUACAAUCAUAUUCCAAAGACUUGUCUGAGUCGGUUAUUCAGGAAGCUUUUAUUGAGUUAUCACAGGUUGAGGUGGCAUUUACAACACAAGCAGCAAUUAGUAUUUCCACGGACAAUAUAAAGUACAUAGGUGCAGAAAGUAGUUUGGAGUCAACACAGGCCUCCAAUGCUUCCUCUGAGUUUCAUGAUCAAGAACCAGUAGCCUUGAAUUCAAUACAGGAAUUCAGGGAGGAAUAUACUGUCCAUAAAGCUUUGUUCUGUACGUCUGGCAUUGCAAGUUCAAUCCCGGUGCCCUUAGCUGGAAGCAUACUUUGUCAAAAUCAGAUUUUAUUUAAUGACAUACAGGUAAGGAAACAUUCAGCGUCAACAGGCAGUCUGAAAUUUUAUAAAAAAUCAGCAGAGCGGUGUUGUACAACACAGAAAAGAAAAGAUGAAGUGACAUCAGUUAGAAAUGUUUACUUGAUGACAGAUAGUCAGAACAGUGAAUAUAAUGCACAUAUUGUAUGUACACAAAGUGACUUUAAGCAAGCAAAUAGCCCUGAAGUCAGUAAAUUUUCAGACUUAACAACUAGGAUGCCAAGCGUCAGUAAUUUUUCUGGAACAAUGGUAGAUAUGAUCGUAACGGAGGCAUAUGAAGCAGUAACCUCUUCCAAGACAUCCAAAAAUGCAGAGCAAUACACAGAAAUACUAAAACUGGAUAAAACGUCAUAUUUGCCAUGCAUUGGUGAAGAUGCCUGUGAGAAUAUGUUUGCAAAUUAUUUAGCCAAGCGAAUAGUGAAACAGUCUGUAGAUGAAACUAAAUCUGCCUGUUCUGUUACCGGUGAGAAAUUAGCAUACUGUGUGGGAUUGGGAACCAGUAAAAAAAGCAAUAGGAAAGAAUUGCAUAGUGCAAUAAAACCAUCAGAAACAAACAAAAGUAUUCCAGUAAUUGUAGGGCAGCAGCAGAUGCCCUUGAACAGCUCAUCUAAAUUUCAUGUAUCGCCAGUUUACUCUAAUAGGUGUCUGCUUUCAGGGUCUAAAGAUGGCAUUCAGGGGGAAAAGAGACAUAUGAGUUGCAGGACUUCCACAUCCAUGUCAUCUCCUUGUUCUGCAGUGACUUUUGUGAAACCUGCUGAAGAGUUUCCAGAUGCAGAAAGCUGUUCAGCAAAAUCCUUAAGCAACCCACUGGGAAAACACAACACAUACAAAUCAGCCGGGCACUCUGCACUUUGCUCUACAUUUGGUCCCGAAAGAACUUUCCCUAGCAUUAAUGCCUUCACUUCUGUGGCAACUAACGGUGAAGAUGCAUUUCAGAUGGAAGACAAAUUGAGUAUCAGAGCUGAAACUCCUUGUGUCCUACCAGACACACCUCCACCAACACCUUUAAUAGCAACCCAAAUGAGUUCAGAGUGGAAUUUAAGAAAGCUAUCAAAGAAACUGAAAGGUGAACUAGCAAAGGAUUUUGCACCCGCGACGCCCCCUUCUACCCCUUACCGAUCAGAAACCGGUGGAGUAUAUGAAAAUGAACGCCAUGACUUAGAAAAGGAAGAGUUCAUGUUGAAACUGAUGCGGUCUCUCUCUGAGGAAGUUGAAAGCAGCGAAGAUGAAGAGCAUUGGCCUGUAGCAUUGGACGAGAGAACGAAAGCAUCAGGAAGGACAACAGAAUAUGCCGAUCAUCUAGCCACUCGCAUAAUUGCUGUGGCAACCGAAAUGGCUGCUUCACAUUUAGAUUAUAAAGCGGUUCAAAUGGAGAAUAAUAAAUGCUUUCCAAUAAGUGCGGAAAAUAAAAAAUGUGGGCAUAGUGGAUUUGUGAAUGUUUCAGAUGCCAGCCGACAUUCGUUGUUGGUUUAUGCUGGUAAUAUGGCUGGAAAGGUCAUUAGUGAAGCUAAGAAAGUAGUUGAAUCCAAACAAUGCACUCUUCUAAGGCUGAAGCAAGUGAACUGCGGGGCAGAUGGCGUUCGUCCUAAAAGAAACACUCAUAAAUGCUGGGCCAAAGACAUGAGGUGUCCCUGGGCAGACCAGGGGUCUCGAGAGACAGACUCUUCUAUACUCUCUCUACCCCAGCACCCAGAAGCUCCAGGUCUGACUUCCAAAUAUCCAAGUUGUGAGAGUGUCACUGAUGAAUAUGCAGACCACAUCAUUCGUAUUCUGAAAAGAGAAGGUGGCCACAGUGAACUGAUAAUGGAUCAGUUUGCCAGUAGACUUGCUUACAGAUCUAUAAAAUCUGGAAUGCAGGAAGCUGCUGGGAAACUCAGGAUGAAGUAUAAAAGUAAAAUAGCUCCCUCCGAGGGCUCAAAGGUAAACAGUAAGGCUGAUCCGGGUGUGGAUGGAAAGAAACAGAAAAAAGGGAACAUUUGUCAUUUGGGGCAGCGAGCCUGUGGAAACAAAUGUAGCACACACAGAACUGAAUGUACAAAGUUGCUAGAUUUUUCAGAAUCCCUUGCUUGUAGCGUAACAUCUGAUGUCAGAAGGAAAAUAAUGAGGGGAGCUUGUCUGUCAAAAUCUUUAACUGAUUCCUGUUUGUAUAAAAAAUCUAAGAACGAUCAAGUCACUGAUCUUAAAGCAACAUUUUCUAAAGCACUUUCUCCUUUCUGUUGCAAACAAAAGCUUUAUCAUAGUACAGGCAGUUUAAAUGAACCUACCUACAGAAAUGGCAUUAUUCAUGCCAUUGAACAGUAUGCUAGGAAGGUAGUAGAUGACACUUUAGAAGCUAGCUUGGAAUCUGCUACGCUGCAAACUACUGGAAACUGGACAAAUGGAGAUAGAACAACAUAUGCAGAAAAGUUGUCUCCAUUUUCUGCAACAGCCUGCAGAUACUGUAGUAUGAAUGAGCAUCAAUACUGUGCUGGAAGUUCAUCUUUGCAGCUGACUCGGCAAGAACUCCACUCUCAAGUUCAUCAGGUUCCCAGAAAAAGUGGAAUCUGUCCUAAAUCUCGCAUUCUUCACCUGGAUAUCCCAAAAAUUCAUAUUAAUAUGGAUGAGAAGGUAGUAUUUGCUGAAAAUGUGGUUGCUACAGUUUUUGACAAAGCACAAAGGCAGCUUAGCAACGCAAGUUUGACAGCGGAUAGUGGAAUUGGCCAGGAUGGAGUCAGCUUUGCUGAAAGCCUCACUACAGAAAUAAUGACUUCCUGUAUGACAAACAUUAGUCCACCUGCCAACAUAAGGUAAAGUUCAAUUAUUUUAUAUUGCUUUUAAUAUAUGUAAGGUGCUGAAAACUGUAUGCAUUUUUCAGUAUUAGUACAAUUUUAAUUUAUGCAAGAAAGUCAUAAGAACUUAGCUUUCCGUUUUGUGAUAAAGCUUAAAAACAAAGGCAUUGCCAUGGAAAGUAAUUGUUUACUGUGUUCAUGAAGGGUGCUAGGAUUUAAGUAAAUUUAAAAUGCAGAGUAUAAGCUUAAGAGUAUUUGUCGUCUUUCAGGUUUGGCCAACUUUUUGUUUCUCGUUUUUUGCUCUAACAUACAUGUAGAAGCCAUUGUGAAGCAUAAAUGGUAGAAGAUAAACAUCACUGACUUCUGCUAAGACAGAUCCAGGUUUGGAUAAUUUUUUAGGUGGCAGCAGAGAGAUACAUGAAGCAUCAAAUUAAAGCACGGAACAUGUAGUUAUGUAGAAAAUAGUAUUGCUGAGCUACUCAUAAACCCUAAUAAAUUUGAUCAAAGAAAAUCCUGAGGUAAACAGAAGCUGAUUUUGAAACUUCCGUAAGUGUUGGCUGUGAUGGUUGAAAUAAUCCUUCCCUGGUUAUGUGAAUACUGUUGAAGCUGUUUCCCUUAUCUUACUUCCAAAUUCAUCAUUAAAAUAGAAAGCACA